GAUGAUUUUAUUCAUUUAAUUAUAAUGAAACUGAAAUAUUUUAAAUGAAUGUAUCUAGUUUUUUAUAAAAACGGCCAAAGAUUCAAAUUCUAUUGGCUCCAAGUAUGAUGAACAAUGUAUGAUCGUAUGAUGUUCAAUUCUGAAAAUCUCUGAAGAGAUUGUAAUCGCCUCUUCUCAUUUUUCAUAAGGAGUAGAUAAUGAAAAAUGAUGGCUUAUAGAGCAAGGCUGAAGAAAUUUGAUGACAUAAUUUCAGAGGACAUCAUAAAUUUGGAUAGACUGAAAUCCAUAGCUUUUCAUGGUAUCCCAGAUGAUCAAGGGCUCAGAUCGUUAUGUUGGAGAUUACUAUUGAAUUAUUUACCACCAGAAAAGGAAUCGUGGGAUUCUUUAUUAAUGAAAAAAAGAGAUUUGUACAAACAAUUCAUAGAUGAAAUGAUUGUCAUGCCGGGAUCAAAAGAAGAAAACGGAGAUGUUACAUUCAACGAUCAUCCACUUAGUAGCAACCCUGAUAGCCAAUGGCAAACUUUCUUUAAAGAUAAUGAGGUGCUUCUUCAAAUCGAUAAAGAUGUUAGGAGGCUGUGUCCCGACAUAUCAUUCUUUCAACAACCAACUGAAUUUCCAUGCACAAAAAUCGUAGAUAGCAAAGAAGAAAUAAGGUUACAUAAAAGGGUGCAACGUUGUGUCUUGAAAUCUGCGAAUGUGGAAAGAAAGGGUUUAGGCAUUACCAAGAUUGCUCUAACAACAAGAAAAGCAAAUGAGGAUUAUGCACCGAUGACGGAAGGAAAAGAAGCUCAUUGGGAAGUAGUGGAGAGGAUUCUGUUUCUUUAUGCCAAAUUGAACCCAGGGCAGAGCUACGUUCAAGGCAUGAAUGAAAUUGUAGGACCCAUUUAUCAUGCUUUCGCAUGUGAUCCCGAUAUCUCCUAUAGAGAAUAUGCCGAAGCAGAUUGCUUUUUUUGUUUCACGAAUUUAAUGUCGGAAAUCAGGGAUUUUUUCAUAAAAAGUCUAGACGAGACGGACCACGGCAUUAAUAAAAUGAUGAAUAAAAUGCUCAACCACCUUAAAAUUUACGAUCGUGAUGUUUGGUUGAAACUUCAACAACUGGACCUCAAGCCGCAAUACUACAGCUUCAGGUGGAUAACUCUGCUCCUCUCCCAAGAAUUCCCUCUUCCCGACGUUUUGAGGAUAUGGGAUUCUCUGUUUUCAGAUGAAAAUAGGUUCGAUUUCUUGAUAAACGUUUGCUGCGCUAUGAUUAUAAUACUCAGAGAGAGGCUUCUGCAGGGAGAUUUUCCAUCCAACAUAAAGCUACUGCAGAGCUUUCCACCAAUGGAUGUUCAGAUAAUUUUAUCAAAAGCCAUGGAACUUUCCGAAUUCAAACCAUAAAAUAUUUUUUUCAAGUGAAAAUUCCGCAAAUCGAUUGAUUACACUCAUAAUACAAUUAGAGAGUGUGAAUGAAAGAACUAGAAUGGAAAUUCUACAAAUAAUGUAAAAAUUACAAAUAAUUCAAGUCGUUCUAGAUUACCAGGUGAUAUUAUAUUUGCCAUUCUAGUAUUUUAUAAGCUUCACUUUGUUGAGAAAUUGUUCGUGCAAUUUCAAUGGUGAAUCUCGUUUUCACUGAAAAAAAUUUAAUUUUUAUAGUUUCUCACAAUUACACUCGAAAUAUUUUAUAGUCAAUCUUCUCAAAAAAUUUUCUUAGACAUAAUUAUUUUUAGAAUUCUAUUAUAUGUUUAUAUUAUUCCUCAGCAAAUUAUUCGAUAUUUUUAAUGAAUUUGUUGUUCAAAUUUUAUGUUUUUCCAAACUCAUGUUGUUGAUAUUUAAUUAUACCUUUAUAUCUAUAUUAAAGAAAAUUUUUCUCACAUUCCUUUAAUUAUAUAUGCCUUUUGUGAUCAUGACAAAAUAUAUAAUUCCGAUCAUUUUGAUUACAUUUUUUGUAAGUCCAAUUUUUAUGUUGAAUAAAACCAAUAUAUUUUUUUCAA